CUUCAGCAUUCUUGUUAUCCGCUGGUGGAUCGUGCAACAGGGUAUGCACAGACGGUGUGCGUUCACUGACACUAUUAAGACAGCCUAUUUUGGCUCCUUUUUAAGCCGCUCACGGCUUCCAUGUAAUCAAAACGAGAAAAAAAUAUCGCUCGACUUCCAACACAAAUUUAUUAACUCGUUUGUCUUUGUGAUAUUGCAGAAGAGACAAGCACCGGAAGCCGAGGUAGUACGGGGUAUGCGAGCCCGGUACGUUGAGUACGAUGUGCCGAGGCUCAAGCACAUCCGUCUUCAAUAAAAAACAAAGAGGUCACUAUUAAGACUAUUAAUAAAAAAUAUUGUACAAAAAAAAACACAAAUAAAGAAGGAAAAUAUAAACAAGAAAACAUCGCCUUUACAUAGAUGCUUUUGUGUAUGGUGAAGUCUUUAUAAGAACCUAGCUACAUAACACAUUUGAAACGAAUUUUUUUGUAAAAUGGAAUAAUAGCGUCAGUGAAGUCAAGUAUGUCGAUAUUAUACUUGGGAAAUUAAUUAAUCGUUGAUGCCAAGCGCUUCCAAUUCUUUUCAGGCGGUGGUGUUUUCACCAACUGUGAUUUUGGUGUUUAAUGGUACUGGUUAAAUAAACAAGAUUUGAUCUUAUAUUUUGAUAAUCAAUGGAAGAAAGUGAAUCCAAUAUAUCAUUGCUUGUCCAAGGAAGAACUGAGCCAGAUGGGGCUGUAUGUGAUUAUGACUCUGAAACACAAUCUCCUGUCAAAUUGCAGGAAGAGGUCUACAAUUUAGUUAUGAAUGAACACAAACCCGAAGAUAUUAGCACAGAUCUUAGAUCAGGGGCUACAAAUGAGCUAUCCCCUCCGUUAUUGUCUGAUGCUGUGGAUGUAGAGAAUUGUACGACUAGCUCGGUUGCUAGCUGUUCUGACAGUGGCAUAUGUUCAACUCCUCAUAAUGAGGAAGAUCUGAAUGGAUUUGAGGACAUACCAUUGAACGUUAGCAUGGAUUUGUGUGAUGGUGUGAAUGCUGUCAAUUUUGGUGAUUCCUUAAGUGAAAAGUUGAGACGGAUGGAUGAUGUCAGCGGGUCGACAUUUGAAGGAAAGAAGUCGCGAGGAAAGUUAAGGUAGCAUGCAUAGAUGUAUGAUACGACACUUUACCAAGUUACCCAAUAAUUUUAACCCAAUUUACAAAACUUGUCUCAAGAACCAUGGUCACAUUAACCCAUUAAGCUGCAGAGCUUCCACAUUGACGAGUGAAAUCGUCUGGCAUUAGACGAGUAAAAAAAUAAGUAGGGCGCACUGAAGCGCAUUGUGGCUCAAUGGAUUAACUAUAGAGACAUUGUCAGAUUUUUUGGUUAACCCAUUAAGCUGCAGAGCUUCCCCAUUGACGAGUAAAAUCGUCUGGCGUUAGACAAGUAAAAAAAAUAAUUAGGGCGCAUUGUGGUUCAAUAGGUUAACAUCUGAUUCCAUGAGCCCCUUUUCUCAGUGAAAUGCAAAACAUUUCGCCCAAAAUUAAUUUGUUCAUGCACAGUAAAAAUAAAUUAGGCUUUACAAGAAAACAUUUCACUUCGAAAAGCAAAUAUUAAGAAUCACUCAGGUGUAACCAUCCAUAUUUCCCAGACACAAAUUCGCGUAAAGAAUUUUGCCAUGGUGGAUUCAGGCCUUUAGAGUAACAGUGUGCAAAGUAGAGUGCAGUGCAUUGCAUUGAAUGGCAGCACUCUCCUUAAUGAGUAAAAUUGUAUGGUGUUUAAUUAAUAGACACAAUAAAAUAAUAUCUGUCAUGAGACAGAGCAAAAUAAUAUAUGUAGGGUACAUCAGAGCACAUUGCCACUUAAAGGGUUAGCUGAUAUGAUAUUCUUGCCUCUAUAUCACAAAGAAUAUGAAAAAUAAUUUUAGCAAUUGUACAAAACUUUGAAUAUUUUGUAGAAAUUUAUUUAGUCGUUCAACAACAACAAAGUCAUCAUAUAAUCCUGGUUCACAAACAUUAGAUAUCCAAGGUUGGUUAUUUUAUAUUAGGG